AUCAGACAGAAACUGCAGAUCAACACAGCCUUUUUGUACGAGGUACUGCGGUGAGAUAUUAACAGGCAAAAUGGUGCACUGGACUCAAGAAGAGAAAGAGGAAAUCACCCACACAUGGGGCAGUACUGAUAAAAUCAAAAUUAUAUCCACAGCCCUUGAAAGGAUGUUUAAGGUUUAUCCCUGGACUUUCCGCUACUUUAAAGACCGACAUGGAUUUACUGUUCAAGGACAUGCAGCUAAAGUGUCUGGUGCUCUGGAUACUGCGGUCAGCCAUUUGGAUGAUGUGAAGUCGCACUUUAAAGUGCUCAGCAGCAAGCACGCUGAUGAGUUGUAUGUGGAUGCUGGAAGCUUCCAUCUGCUGACUGACUGCAUCAUUAUCGAAAUGGCUUUGUCCAAGAAGGACAACUUCACCCCUCACAUCCAUGCAACCUGGGAUAAAUUUUUUAAGGUGGUGGUCGAUGCUAUAUCCAAGCAGUACAUUUAAAUCCAAGAUGACAUAAACCCUUCAGCUUUGAUCAAGCAAUGCAAUUGAUGAAAAUGUUCCCUUAUCAACACCUAUAACAAUCUCUGUGCUCUUCUUAAAAAUAAAUAACAAGUUAUGUUCAAAUAAAACUGAUGCAUUCUUGAAACCAAUGUUCCUCUUUAUAUGCUAAUUCUGAUUCAAAUUCCUGAAAAUAUCUCCAUGUAUUUUCCUUCAAUUGCUGAGAACAACAAUAAAGAAUCAAUAUUAACCUGA